AUGACUGCUCUCCAGUCAGGCCCUGGGAACAGCGGCAACCCCGCAACUCUCACUCCUCCCGGCGACUCUGGCCUUGAACGCUUCAAGGAAAUCGUUGCGCAACCUGUGCUUGCUUCUUUUAUCGCUGGUGGUGUGGCUGGAGCCGUCUCCCGAACCGUCGUGUCUCCCCUAGAACGCCUCAAGAUUUUGUUCCAGGUUCAGAGCGUUGGCCGGGACGAAUACAAAAUGUCGGUCCACAAGGCACUGGCGAAGAUGUGGCGAGAAGAGGGCUGGAGAGGUUUCAUGGCCGGUAAUGGCACCAAUUGCAUACGUAUAGUACCGUACUCUGCUGUCCAGUUUGGGGCGUAUAACUUUUAUAAGAGAUUCUUCGAGGAAACACCAGGUGCGCAAUUAAGUGCCUAUAAACGGCUCCUAUGUGGUGGUCUUGCUGGGAUCACCUCCGUUACUUUCACAUACCCAUUAGACAUUGUCCGAACACGGUUAUCCAUCCAAUCUGCAUCCUUUGAGGGACUAAAAAAAGAUGUGACGAGCAAGAAGCUUCCAGGAAUGUGGGGGGUCCUAGUUUCCAUGUACAAGAGUGAAGGUGGCCUUUUAGCGCUAUACCGUGGAAUCAUUCCUACUGUUGCCGGAGUAGCUCCCUAUGUUGGUCUCAACUUCAUGGUUUACGAGAUCAUGCGGACACAUUUCACCCCCGAGGGUGAAAAGGAUCCGAGUGCGGUUGGUAAACUGGCGGCAGGGGCCGUCUCUGGAGCUGUUGCUCAGACUUGCACCUAUCCUUUUGAUGUUCUACGCCGUAGGUUUCAAAUCAACACCAUGUCUGGGAUGGGUUAUCAAUACAGGGGUAUUGGAGAUGCGGUCCGAAUGAUUCUCAAAACUGAAGGCUUCAGGGGCUUGUACAAAGGCAUCGUCCCCAACCUUCUAAAAGUCGCACCCAGCAUGGCCAGCAGCUGGCUCAGCUUUGAAUUUACUAGAGACUUUGUCAUGGGUAAGCGCCGAAGCAGCUUCCUAUAG